AUGGCUACAACAAAGCUCUCUUCUGGUUCAGAAACCAUCAAAGCCAACACAUCACCUCCAAGCACAAUCCUCCUGGGGCUCUCCGGCCCUUCAUCAUCGGGCAAAACCACACUGGCGCGUCUCCUCCGAAGCAUCUUCAACCUUACCGUCCCAUCACCGUCGUCCCCAGGCGCAACAAACAAGAUCUCGCUGUUCAUCCUGCACCAAGACGACUUCUACCUGACGGAUGCGCUCGUCCCGGUAAUCACCGUCUCCUCGACGGAGUUCGGCACCCGUGACCUCCAAGACUGGGACUGCGUGGAGAGUCUCGACCUCGACAUCUUCGAGUCGACGCUGCGGCACGUCAAGCAGCACGGCACGGUCCCGGAGGGGAGCGUCAGCAAAGAGGACCAGAACGCUGUGGGGGAAAGCGGUGUCAGUGACGACGAGGUGAAAAGGCUGAGAGGCGUGGUGGAGGAGCGGCUUCGUGCUUCUUCUUCUACUUCUACGACGACGACGAAGGACACAGGGGACAACAACAACAACAGCAGCAGCGACAGGGAACUUCGGAUCUGCAUCCUCGACGGCUUCCUGCUGUAUCCGCCACCGCCACCUCCUCCCUCAGAACCAGCGUCAUCGAUCUCCACACCACUAACACACCUCCACGCCCUCUCGAGCUCACUCCUCGCGCCUCGGCUCUUCCUUCCCAGCACACGCACGCAAACCCUGACGCGCCGCGCCCGCCGCACCGGCUACGUGACGCUCGAGGGCUUCUGGACCGACCCGCCCGGCUAUGUCGAGGACGUGGUGUGGCCCAACUUUGCGCGCGACCAUGCCUGGAUGUACAGCGGGGGCGACGUCGACGGCGGAAGUAUUGAUGAGGAGAGCUUGCUCAGGGAUCACGGUGUGCGUGUUUGUCCCGGUCGUGGCACCUGGGAUAUGCAGCGCGUGUUGGAAUGGGCGGUCGGUGUGCUUGUUGAGGAAGUUGAGGCGAGGGUUGCGGGUGUGUAA